AUGCCAUCCAGAAUAGGAUCAGGACCACUUCUCUAUGCAGAGUUGCUGCCGAAUAUCCGCCAGAUAACAUUGCAUGUGUCUUUUCCCGAUUCCUCGUCUUUGGCCCAGAGUCCUACCACCCCCGAUACCGCCGUGAAUCUUGCUGGAGGCAAAUGGUCCAUAUCUGUUUUGCCGUCUCGCUGCGCGGUUAGUCUCUCAAGCGCGGACACAAUUCAAACGCUAAACCUGCCCGCGCGUGUUUCAGAAGCGGCACACACAAUUGUCUCCACGCAGCCGACUCCUAAUCCUUCUGGCACUGGGCAUGGUGAACUACUGUUCCGACUGCCAGUUGAUGUUGAGACGGGACCAGUAGUGGCUUCCCGGCCUGCAAAUGACCUGGCUAGCCAUGAUAGAUAUGAAGUGCAGGUUCCAUGGACUGCCAAGGAUAUGUGUGCUGAAACCCGCGUUCGAUGCAGGCAGUGCAAGAACCUGCUUUUUAUCCCGUCGAAAGAGGGAACGGUUAUGUGGAAAGACUUACCCAGUCCUGACUGGGCUGAAAUGAUGGAUUUAUGGCAUUGUCAUAAACCUGAUACGCAUGCAGAGGAUCAUGGUGACGCAGCAACUGGUGCCGGACUGCACGCUCAUGAUGAGAAUGAAAUUGUCAAAGGAUAUGGUGCUGCCAACCAGGUCGUCUGCACUUCCGGGACAGCGUUGAUUGAUGUUUUAUCCUUCGUGAUGGCUGAAGGCGAUUGUCAGGGAUUAGAAAAGUCGACAUGCUCAUCGUCGGCCACCGCUCUGCACAUCGGAACCAGUGACCCCAAAUCCCAACCCGUGGUAGAUUUGUCGUGUUCUCGCUGCAGCGCCAUAGUCGGAGAAGAAUAUCCGUCCUUAUCUGGCCUGAGACUAUACAAAGCAAAUGUUUCUCUACUGCGAAAGCCCAAGGACGGGAUCAAUUCUGACAAGGAUGCGUGGGAGACGUACCCAGUAGAUAUGAUCGUGGGAACACAGUUGUUGGAGCUAGCUGAGAGGAUCGGAGCGAGGAGAUUCGCUGUCCAUAGUACGGAAUACGCAGGGGACGACCGUCGAGACAACAAGAGCGGCUUGCUGCUUUGGGUGUUCAAUCCAGAUCUCCGCUAUUCCAGUUUGCUUUCAUACUCUACUACCGAUGGAAUCGUGUCUAUCGCUUCCCAACGGGCUAUGAAAAUACUCUACCAAGAAGUCCCAGAUAUCCAGUUGAUGCUCAAUCCAGCGCAAGGGGUACCCUCGCCAACUGCGCUGGAAGAUGUGAGCCUUCCUCCUAGCAUAUAUGAUGACAUGAAACAGGCUCUUGAGAAAAGUAGGGAGACUCUGCCCAUUUCCGCGCGCCAGUUUCGAGAGUGGCGGGUAGGCUUGUUUUCUCGGUACGAGGAAAUAGGAUGA